AGUUAGUGAAUAAUAUCCUGAUUUAUGUACGUCCAGAUAACAUAAUAACGUAAUACCAUACAGAAUCCAGUCUAGCUCGUGACAUCCGAGCAGGCGAACAAUUUCUACAUGCUUAAUUAAAUAUUAUUUUCAUUUUUAAUACAUGGACACAUAAAUGUUCACACCAAAAUGCGUUUAGUUAAACACACGUUUAUUUUGUUAUACGGGAUUGUGCUUUGCGACGGUGGCUAUUCUGGAGGACAAGAUGCACAAUCUGACGUACAAGCGCCGUCUUAUGUUCCGGCAUAUCUGAAAAACCAAAAAUACCCCAAAACUUCAUAUGGAACAAAUAACAACUAUUCCGGCACUAAAACGGGUUACUCUGGCACCAAAAACCCUUAUUCUGGCACUAAAACGGGUUACGCUGGUACCAAAACUGGUUAUUCCGGUACCAAAAAUAGGUACACGUAUACGGGUACAUCGAAAUCACCAUACGGGGAAAGGAGGUCUUGGGAUACUGGAACCGGUCAAGGGCCCUCUUAUCACGACUUUCAGAACAGUGCUAAUCAUGCGAUGGAUGCGUUAUUUCGGCCAAAAUGUGUUCCGGAAUGCAAAAAUAGCGGCAUCUGCGUGGCCACCAACACCUGCCAGUGUCCUUCUAACUACCGCGGCCAAUACUGCGAGUUUGAGAAGAAACCCUGCUUCUUAAACCCGCCGCUACCUAAGAACUCUAAGCAGAGCUGCUCCUCAGAAUUCUGCACGAUCCAAUGCUUGGCCGGGCACAAAUUCAUCGACGGCACCACGGUGGCCAACUUGAAGUGCAGUGAGGGCCAGUGGAAGCCCACGCGCGCCGAUCUAGACAUCAUACCAGAUUGCCAGCCCGAGUGCGAGCCCCGCUGCCAGAACGGGGGCGUUUGUCUGGCGCUCAACACUUGCAUGUGCCCAGACGAGUACAGGGGGCCCCAUUGCCAGUACCCGACGAGCGUGUGCGACGUCCGCAAGCUCGGUUUCAACGGCGGCUACAGCUGCUUCGGCGACGCUGACAAGUUUUCGUGCAAGCUCAACUGUCCCUCGGGCUCCACGUACAGUGCUCCGCGCGCCAACUUAUACUCCUGUCGCUAUGACACGGGAAUAUUCGAGCCGCAACCUAUACCGCACUGCGUUUUCAGUGACGCCUACAUGGUAGCUCCCACCGUUUACCAUAAUAACAGCACUAGCUACUACGAGAGCCAUUCGUGGCACUCCUCCAGCGACAUCCACGCCGGCGGGUCUCAGAGCGGGAGUAGUUGGACGUCUACCGGUGACACGCACGCGCAAGCCGGGUACGGAGCACACGCGCAUGGCGGCGGCACCCAUAUGGUGGUGAGGGAUCUUACGCCCAAGGGCGGCGUCUGUCUUACCUGGGCUGGAGUCCACUAUAAGACCUUCGACGGAAAAAUAUACGGCUUCAAAUCUCAGUGUCGGCAUAUCCUAGUCCGCGACGCGAAAGAGCACAAGUUCACAGUGGCCGUGAAGCCGGGCAACUGCUCGCGCCGUUCGUACUGCCCCUCCGAGAUCACUAUCUACAUUGAGGAGAAACCUUACGUGCUGUCUGUGCACCCGGAAGACGGCAGUGUAGUGUUCCGCAGCUCGAAGCGUUUGGUCCCGAUACCCGCGUCUCUGCCCGGCAUACGCGUGGCCAUGCCCGCCGACUACGUGCUAGUCAACCUGGACCAAGCGCACCUCACACUCAAGUGGGACACUAACGACGUGGUGGUAAUUGAGAGCAGUGUUCUGCUAUGGAACAACACGGAGGGUUUAUGCGGAUCUCUGAACAGCAACAUGCAAGAUGACCUUACUACAAAGGAAGGCACGAAGGCCAAGACUUCUGCUGCAAUGGCGUCCUCGUGGCAACUUAACAGGAUCGAAGAUGUUUGCAAGAGCAAUCCCAUGGAAUUGCACAGUUGCACCUCGCAAUCGGACGAGAUCAAGAAGAAGGCUCUACAGUUUUGCACAAAAAUAUUCAGCAAAGAUAAAUUCAAGAAAUGUGCGACGGUAAUGGACGUGUCUCAGUUGUUAGAAGCUUGUCAGGGCGACUUCUGCACUUGUGCUAGCAGCGACGAUUCUGAAGAAUGCGCUUGUAGUACAGUGUCUGUGUAUGCCAAGGAGUGUAUGAGACUCGGCAUCGAGGAGAUGAAGUACUGGAGGGACCCCGAAACCUGUCCCAAAACUUGCCCCGAUGGGAAGCUAUACAAGAUCUGCGGGCCGGAUAGCCAGCCCACCUGUGCGUUCCCUCAACCGGCCACAGUGAACAACGCUACUUGUGUGGAGGGCUGCUUCUGCCCCGAAGGUUUGCUGCUAGAAGGGGGACGCUGCAUACCGAAGGAGGAGUGCCCUUGUCGGCUGAGGAAUAAGAACUUCAAACCUGGAGCUGUCAUUCCCAAGGACUGCAACACUUGUACAUGCGAGGCGGGGGCGUGGGUUUGCACUGGUGCGGCUUGCGGAGCCCGUUGUGGUGCCGUCGGCGACCCGCACUACUCCACGUUCGACGGGCGGCGGUACGACUUCAUGGGGCGCUGCACGUACACACUGCUGCAGGCACAGAACCUCACGCUGGAGGUGGAGAACGUGGCCUGCUCCGGGGCCAUCACUGAGGCGAUGAACUUGUCGCCUUACACGGGGGAGGGCAAGCCGUCGUGCACUAAGGCGGUGACAGUUCUAUACGGCGGCAGCAGCAUCCAGCUGAAGCAGGGCGGGCUGAUAUUAGUGGAUGGGCGGGAGGUGACCGACUUGCCUGUCACUGUGGCUGGGAUAAGGAUUCGUGCUGCUUCAUCUCUCUUCAUCAUCGUGCAACUACCCAUAAAAGUGGACAUCUGGUGGGAUGGCUUCACCAGAGUAUUCGUCGACGUUCCUGCCUCUUUUAAAGGACAAACUAAGGGUCUAUGCGGCACGUUCAACUUGAAUCAGAAGGAUGACUUCCUGACCCCCGAAGGUGACGUGGAGCAGUCGACGCUGGCGUUCGCCAACAAGUGGAAAACGCGCGAGUUCUGCGCCGACGUGGACACCAAGGAGCCCGAACAUCCUUGCAAGGCCAAUAUGGAGAACAAGGAGACCGCAGAGAAGUACUGCAGCAAGCUCAAGAGCAAACUGUUUGAAGAGUGCCAUUGGUACGUCGACGUGGAGCCAUACUACGAGUCCUGUCUCUAUGACAUGUGCGCAUGCGCCGGUGAUGUCUCUAAGUGUUUGUGCCCACUGCUGGGCAGCUACGCUAUGGACUGUGCCAAGGCGGGCGUGCAAGUGCAAUGGCGGUACAACGUGAAGGAAUGCGAGUUGCAAUGCACCGGCGGACAAGAGUACACAGUUUGCGCGGACAGCUGUUUACGGACGUGUACCGAUGUGGCGCUCUCUAGCAUCGGGCAUUGCAAGCCUUGCUGCGUGGAGGGCUGUGCCUGCCCGCCCGGGGAGGUUCUCGAUGACAACAACGCUUGCGUCCCUCAAGGUCUGUGUUCCUGUAAACACAAGGGCAUGAAAUUUGACGCUGGAUAUAAGGAGGUUAGGCCUGGUAGACGCGAACGAGAGCUUUGUACAUGCGUGGGUGCCCGCUGGGAUUGCGUUCCGGCGACGGACUCCGAUAUCCAGAACUAUCCGCCUGCCGAGGAUUUGCGUUCCAACUGCAGCGCCGCCAAUCACAUGGAAUUCACCACCUGUAUGCUCGCUGAACCACUCACCUGCAAGAACAUGCAUCUACCACCGACGCCAACGUCGACUGAAUGCCGACCAGGCUGCCAGUGCAAGAAAGGCUAUGUGCUGGACGUCAACGCUAACAAGUGUGUGUUAGCCAACGAUUGUCCCUGCCAUCAUGGCGGACGAAGUUAUCCCGACGGGCACGUCAUGAUGGAGGAGUGCAAUGAAUGUGCGUGUAAGAGCGGCAACUGGUCUUGCACGAAGCGCACGUGCGCAGGAGUUUGCAGCGCGUGGGGAGACUCGCACGUCGACACAUUCGACUCCGCCUCCUACGACUUCGAGGGGGUGUGCACCUAUCUACUGGCGAAAGGCGUUAUGGACUCCAGCGACGGAUUCGACGUAGAGAUACAGAACGUACCGUGCGGCACAACUGGUGCUACAUGCUCGAAGACAACUACAUUGAAAGUGGGUGGCGGCGGGAAGAAGGAAAUCGUCUCGCUUACCAAGGACGCACCGCUACCGGAUGUCUCGACGCUGAAGAGAAUAAAACUGCGUGUAGCGGGCACAUACGUGUUCCUGGACGUGCCGUCUCUAGGCGUGAGCCUGCAGUGGGAUCGCAGCCUAAGGGUUUACGUCAGAGUCGACGCGGUCUGGAGAAAUAGGGUGAAAGGUCUGUGCGGCAACUACAACGGCGACAGUCGCGACGACUUCCAGACGCCGGCGGGCGGCGGGCUGCCCGAGUCGUCAGCGCUCGUGUUCGCGGACGCCUGGAAACUGAAACCCACCUGCCCUAAGCCGAAGCCUGUCACCGACUACUGCGAGGCUCGUCCCCAUCGCCGAGAUUGGGCGGUGAAAGAGUGCGGGUGGUUGAAGCGUUACCCGUUCACGCUAUGCGCGAGCGAAGUACCCGCGGGCCCGUACGUCUCCCGCUGCGAACGCGACGCAUGCGCGUGCGACGACGGCGAUGAUUGUGCGUGCGCAUGUGCCGCUCUCGCCGCUUACGCGUACGAAUGCUCGCUGCACGGCGUGAUGUUCAACUGGCGUUCGCAGCAGCUGUGCCCAAUGCAGUGCGACACGGAGUGCACGAACUACGACCCGUGCGUGCCCGCCUGCCCGCUCGAGACCUGCGACAACACCCUCGACUACGCCGACGUGCAGACCUCGUGCAAGCAGGACGUCUGCGUCGAAGGAUGCAAACCAAAGAAGUCGUGUCCCGAAGGCUCAGUGUACAGUAACAGCACACUAACAGAGUGCGUGCCGCGAUCUAAGUGCAAGCCUCUGUGUAUGACGCUGCCGGACGGCAAGGAGGUGUUAGAGGGAGAGGUCGUAGAGCAGGACGCCUGCCACACCUGCACGUGUUCCAAGAAGGAGAAAGUGUGCACCGGACAACCAUGCAGCACUCCAGCGGAAGUGACCGAAGCGACGAGUCCGAAACCAAACGAUGAACAGUUGAAGUGUGUCCCGGGCUGGACACCGUGGCUGAGUCGACAUACGCCCACCACCGGACCAGAAGGUGCCUCCAUCGAGAUAGAACCGCUGCCUGAGUAUAAGGAACUGCCGAUCGGUUCCCCGAUGUGCGGUAAAAGCUCUAUGAAGGACAUCGAGUGCCGCACCAAGGUGAACCACGAGAGCCCCAAACAGACCGGACUCGACGUGGAGUGCAGCCUGGAGAAGGGGCUGUUCUGUCGGGAGCCCCGGGGAACUUGUCCGGACUUCGAGAUCAGAGUCCAAUGCGAGUGUGAGCCGUUCCAAUGUCUGAACUCCACCCGACCAAGCUACCCCCACCCCAAGGACUGCGCCAAAUUUUACGAAUGCACGCCGGAUAUGUUGAACCCUGAGAAAAUCCAUACGGUGGAGAAAUCAUGCGCAGCGGGCACCAUGUACAAUCCUAACAGUAUGGUGUGUGAUUGGCCCGCUGCCGUGCUUGCUAUUCGCCCGGAAUGCGGUAAAGCCACACCAGAAACUACGACUACAACGACCACUACAACAACUACACCUUCUACAACGACGACUACACCAUCUACCACAGAAGUGACGACCCGCAGCCGCUGCCCGCCGGGGCAAGAGUUUGUUGAGUGCGCGCGUCGCUGCGACCAACUCUGCGACUAUUAUAAGAAGAUCACUGUGGAAACUGGAGAGUGUGCUCCGGGAAAGAAAUGCAUAGCGGGAUGUGCUGAUGUCAACAAGAAAUGCGGCAAAGGGUCCAAAUGGCGAGACGAAAAGACCUGCGUCCCCGUCAAAGACUGCACAUGCUACUCAGACGGAAAAAUGAUUAAGCCGGGCGGCGUAGUAGCAGACGGCUGCGUCAAAUGCCAGUGCUUAUCCAACGAGUUCCACUGCGACUCUUCAGACUGCAGCACCCCCAUCGUACCGAUCAGCCACCUCCCCAUACAGGAGACCACGACACCCCCCACUACAAUACGCCCCACCACUCCUACUACAGUUCCUACGACUAAACUUACGACUGCUUCGCCAAUUAUCGUGCAGAACACCGCGUCGCCUCCGCCAGAGUGCUCACCUGAUGGUUACAAAUACCUACUGUGGGGCGAGGAUGUGGAGCCGAAGCCCAUACUGACGGCCAGUUCGGUGGUCAGCCCUCAACACGAGCCGGAGUACGCUGUUCUCGACGGCGAACCCAACGCGAUCUCCGGAGGCAGCUGGAGUCCCAAGACUGACGACUUGAACCAGUACAUACAAGUGGAGUUGCCGCAGCCGACCAGUGUCCACGGGGUCGUGGUACAAGGGGACCCAUUGCACGACCAGUACGUGACCAGCUAUGAACUGAUGUAUAGCGACAGCCCUGCUUCUUAUAGCUACGUAGUAGGACCCGAUUCGAAGCCUACAGUAUUCCGCGGUCCCGUCGAUCACAAUACACCUUUAAAACAGAUGAUCUCUCCGCCCGUGGAGGCCAAAUAUUUGCGCUUGAAACCUCUCUCCUGGCACAAGAAGAUCGCCCUCAGACUGGAGGUCAUCGGCUGCGAGGAAGCUGUCAGCACCACGCCUCUGAUAACCACAGAGGGUCUGGAUUGCACCGAGCCUCUAGGGCUCGCAGCGGACCUGCCCAUAGAGAACAUAGAAGUGAGCUCCAACAACGACGCGCGCAAAUACUUCCGUCUGGAUGGCGUUCAAGGAUGGACGCCUGCCUAUAGCACGCCCGGGGAAUGGAUCAUGUUCGACUUCACCUCGCCCCGCAAUCUGACGGGCAUCAAAACCAAGGGCGGCCCUAAGGGCUGGGUGUCCACGUACAAGGUGAUGUACACCUCGGACCUAACCACCUUCAAUCCGGUGGUGGACAGCGAAGGGGAACCCACGCUGUUCCCGGCCAACUUCGACGCUGACUCAGAGGUCCAGAAUAAGUUCAAGCUUCCGAUACACGCGAGGUACUUGAAAAUCUUGCCCGUCAAGUGGCACAGCGCUAUCGAGAUGAGGGUGGAGCCCAUUGGCUGUUUCGAACCAUACCCGAUAAAGACAACACCCAUGCCUAUCUACCAAGAGACUACUAUAUCGUGCAACAUUUGUCCCGGCGUCCCGCUUACUACCUGCAUUUGUUCCGGCGCCACGUAUUAUGACGGAGAGAGCUGUGUUCCGCGCGACCAAUGCCCCUGCGUCAAGGGAUACCUCACGUAUCCUGUUGGGUCGUCAUUCCGUGGCGAGAAUUGUGAUGAGUGCAUGUGCAAGAUAGGCGGUGUUACUGACUGUCAACCUGUCAAGGAGUGCAAAUGCGCACCGACAUUAGUGCCCAAGCUGGUAGAGAAACCAUCUUGCGAAUGCGUUUGUGAGCCCUGCCCUAUCGGCACUCGCAUUUGCCCCACCAGCAGGCUAUGCCUAGCCCACGAGAAGUGGUGUGACGGUCUUCAAGACUGCCCAGACGAUGAACGCGAUUGCACCACCACCCGGGCCCCUACUACGAUGACCACUACUAAGAAGCCGGUCGAACCACAGGUCGUCACCACUGUGGUGGUGCCUAUCGAAGUUAAACCCACCACGCCGGCCGUCACUACGCCUAAACCGGUAGUGUGCCCAGUGGUGCAGUGCCCACCUGGCUACAUGGUGAAGUACAUAAACAGCGCGUCUCAUACUCGUUCCUACACUACGGACCUACCGCCACCACGGCCGCGCUACUCCUACCAGCGGUACUACCGCGGCGGUGCUAAUGGAGGAUACUCUAAAGGAGGAUACUCUAAAGGAGGAUACUCUAAGGGAGGAUAUUCUAAAGGAGGCUUCUCGAAAGGCGGGUAUAGUGGUCCUCCUAGACCACCAAGCGCUAACCAAGCGUUCUCAUUGGACAAGCCAACAGUCGCCCCAACCCCUAGCAAGCAGGAGGAAUGCGUACAGUUCACGUGCGUGGCCAAGUUGCCGCCGCCGCCCUUCCCGGGAACCAAACCCGUGGCCGUGGAGUGUUCUGCGCCUACCUGUCCUGUUGGAUAUUCGCUGCGACUUGAUCAUGUGCCCGUUGGCGUCAACCAGUGCCCGCAAUAUUCAUGCGUGCCGCCACCCCCUCGGGCCGCGUACUGCAACGUGACAGGGCGUGCUGUGAGCACUUUCGACGGAGCCGAAUACAAGUACGAGCUGUGUGACCACAUUCUGGCUCGAGACACGCGACAUGAUGCCUGGAGCGUUCUCGUUCGGAAGAAAUGCCGUCUAGAGGGAUGUCAGAACAUGCUGAUCAUCCACCAGGACGACCAGCUGAUCAAAGUGAAGCCUGACCUGAUGAUCGAAUACGACAACUAUGAAUAUACCGUCGAACAGACCGCCAAGAUUUGCUUCCAGAGGAACAGUUUCAACGUCGCCCGAGUAGGCAACGGAUUGUUCAUAUCUUCGAGGAAGUACAAUUUCACGGUGCUGUUUAAUGCUGACGGAGAUAUUAAAAUCGGGGUGUUGAAGAGCUACAUGGGUUACGUGGACGGUUUAUGCGGUGCGUUCGACGGGUCAUUGCGUAAUGAGCAACGUCUGCCUGAUGGUACCCUGGCCACCAGCGGGCAACAGAUGGCGGCCGCUUGGGGUCGCCCCGGGCUCCCCCCGGACGCCUGUCAGACGAGAGUGGCACAAGAGCAGGAACAACGACGCGCCUGGGAGCUGUGUAACGUCAUCACGAAAGAGCCACUAUCUAAAUGCGGCAAAGUCCUAAACCUCGACAAGUGGCGCAGCAUAUGCUUGGAGAAGAUCUGCCACUGUAAAGAUCUGGAAGUGAACGGCACCAAGAGGACCGAAGAGCAAUGCCGCUGCCUGGUUGUGGAACAGAUGGUGGCUGAAUGCUUAGCUGCAGACAAGGAAGCCGAUGUCAGUGCCUGGAGGAUGCAGCUGGACUGUCCUGCGGAAUGCCCGCCGCCUCUAGUGCACAAGGACUGCUACCGACGUCGCUGCGAACCUUCGUGCUCUACCCUGGGUGUCACUUCCUGCCCUGUGGAAGACGGCCAGUGCUUCCCGGGCUGCUACUGUCCCGAUGGAACGUUACGAGCUGGCGAUAAAUGCCUCGCACCAAAGGACUGCCUCGACUGUGUGUGUAAAACCGUGGGCACUCCUGUGGACUACACCACAUUCGAAGGCGACUCGUUUCCACUGCUCGGCGACUGCACCUACCUCGCAUCCAGGGAUAAGAACGACACCGGACUGCAUCGAUAUGAGGUAUACGCAACGAAUGGCCCUUGCGAGAGCAACGCCAAUGUGUCGUGCACGAAAACCGUCCACGUGGUGUACGAGAAGAUGGUGAUACAUGUCACCAAGGAUCCCAAUACACAAAAGCUCGUGACGACGAUCGGCUCAGAGGCAGUGUUCCAGUACCCGGUGAAAAAGUCCUGGGUGACAAUAAGCCUGCUCAACGGACAAGAUGUUUCCGUCCUGCUCACUGAUGCUAGUGUAGAGGUGACCGUACAGCAGUCUAAACUCGCAACGACAGUACGAGUACCUUCAUACUUAUAUGGCAACCGGACAGACGGUCUCUGCGGCGUAUGUGCCGGACAACACGAACAUUUACUCACCAGCAACGGGACCGCUACUGAUGACGUGCAAGAGUACAGCAAGAGUUGGAAAGCGACCCCUACAGCGCUUACAGCGCUAGAUCUACCCUCGGAUCAACUGCAGUGCGACCAACCGCCCCCACCGCCAUGCCACCUGCCAGAAGAUAACCUCUGCUAUAAACUACUCAAUCCAGAAGCAUUCGGACAGUGUCAUGCAUUAGUGGACCCGCAACAGUUCCUAGAGGCGUGCGAGGACGAAUACUGCACGUCGAAGGACGUAGACGUGUGCUCUAUACUGGCGAGAUACGCGGACGCGUGCCGUCAGCAGGGCGUCUGUUUACAAUGGCGAGAACGAGAGGCACUCUGCCCGUAUCCAUGCGAGGAGCCACUAGUAUACCGUCCAUGUGUUGAUUGCGAGCUCACUUGCGAAAACCACGAAGAACUGACUAAACACCCCGGCAAGUGCACCAAUAGGCAGGUUGAAGGGUGCUUCUGUCCAGAGGGCAAGGUACGCGUAAACAACACGUGCAUUAGUCCGACCAAAUGUUUCCCGUGCGACAUCGACAAGAAACACUACGCAGGUGAUGAGUGGCAGGAGAACGCGUGCAAAAAGUGUAGCUGCAGUAAAGUAAGCGGGUCACGCGAGACGCAUAUAUCGUGCAGCACUGUGACGUGCGUGGAGCCGGUGUGUCCGGUAGGCCAGCAGCUGGUACGGCAGCGGGCAGCUCCCGGCCCGGCGCCAUGCUGUGUCCAGUAUAUGUGCGUGCCCAAAGUCGAAAAGGAAUGCGAGGAGCCGAAGAAAAUGGAAUGCGGUUUUGGACAAGUACUCAAAGAGAAGACUACCGCUAAUAAAUGCAAGGAGUUCGUUUGUGAAUGCAAACCUGAGAGCGAGUGCGAGCACAUCCCCGACGAGAGCGAGGUAGAACUGGAACCGGGCAUGAAGCGUGUGAUCGACGCGAGCGGCUGCUGCCCGCGGCUGCGGCUCGAGUGCGAGCCCGCCGCCUGCCCGCGCGCGCCCGCCUGCCCGCGCUUCCACACCUCCCGCCCGCAUCAAGACCGCGGCCAGUGCUGCCCCACGCACCACUGCGAGCCACCAAAGGACAAAUGUAUUGCAAUAUUGGAAUGGGAAGCGUCACCUAAAGGAGGCGAGAAGCCUCGCCCUAAACCAGAGCAAAUGCUUAAGGAUGUGGACGAAGUAUGGAUGGACGGCCCAUGCCGUUGGUGCCGCUGCGUAUCUUCGGCAGUGGGUGCCACCACUUCGUGCUCCACCACGGAGUGUCCUCGUGCUUCCAACGACCAGGACCUUGUGGUGGAACCGCAGCCAUUGCCAUAUGCCUGCUGCCCCUCGCUGAAGGCAGUGGCUUGCCGCGUGGGAGAGCUUGUCUACAAAGUUGGCGAGAACUGGACGUCGCCCGACAACCCUUGCGAGCGGUACUCGUGCGAGCGCAUCGGCGACGGGAAGCUGCGCAAGAGCACCACGCUCACACGAUGCGAGACUAACUGCUUGCCGGGUUGGAAAUAUUUCCCCGCUGAAGAAGACAGCAAGCAGUGUUGCGGCAUAUGUAAACCAGUGGCGUGUAUAGUGGAAGGGCAUGAACAACCUAUAGGCGAGCAAUGGACUUCCCCAGACCACUGUACUAAAUAUACCUGCGUGCUGACCAACGGAACUUUGCAAGUGCAAAGCAGCAACGAGACCUGCCCCGAGGUGUCGGACGCCAUGAAGAAGCAGUUCGUGUUCAGUGAUGACGUCAUACCCGGCAAGUGUUGCCAUAAGAAGGAACCUGUCGCCUGCAGAGUGGGCAACAAAAUAUAUCAGGAGGGUCAAACCUGGCCUUCAGACGACCCUUGUAAGAACAUUACGUGCAGUCGCGACGCCACCGGCACCAUCGCCCAUAGUGAGAGCGUCGAAACUUGCAGCCGCGACUGUUCGCGAGGAUGGGUAUACGAGGAACCUGAAUCCGGUGUCUGCUGCGGUCGAUGCGUGCAGGAUUCCUGUAUUGUUGAAGAUGAGCUUAAGAAACCGGGUAGCACGUGGUCUUCUCCAGACAAUUGCACGACAUUCUCGUGUACCCGCGUUGGUGCCGACCUGAUAGUGUCAGCCGCUCGUCCCGUGUGUCCCGACGUGUCCCACUGCCCGCCCCAGCUCAUAGUCAACGGGACGUGCUGCCAGACCUGCGAGCCCAAGGCCGACGACCUCAGUAAAUGCGCCCCAGUGCCAGUAUCUGGGUCCUCGUCAGUGGGCGUUGUGUCUACGUUGGUCCGCGGGCACGGAAUAUGCACCAACGAUGAGCCCCUGGAAGGAAUGCUGGAAUGCCGCGGUUCAUGCGACUCGGGGACGCUGUAUAACAACGUGACCGGCAUCCACGACUCGAAGUGCGAAUGCUGCCAGGCCGUAUCAUACGGCUCUGUAGACGUGUGGGUGCGCUGCGCUGACGGCACCAGGACUCAACACCGCGUCGCCACGCCUUCUAAAUGUGCUUGCUCACGAUGUGGAGGAGAAACUAUAUCAGGAUACCCGAAGCGACCGACAAAGAACGGCGGCGGCGGCAGCAGUGGAUACAAAGAUAAUCCAGAGUCGUAUGACUACGACAUCCCAGAGAUCUACCAACGGAUAAAAGUCGACGAGAAGCGUAGGAAAUAAGUAAAAACAACCAUUUAACUAACACCACUUAAACAAAAUAUACUUCCUAAAAAUAAGGCAUUUAAUAAGUCUGUUAAUUAUUAGAAUCUUCAGUCGAUUUACUGGAAAAUAAAUUUUGUUAGUCAAAGUGGUGACUUUUAGUAUUAAGGAGAAUAAAAAUACACAUGUUAAUUGAUCACAUCAAUUGUAUUCUUGUAAAUAUUUAAUAAAUACAUUUAUUAAAGUUAUGUAAUCAUAUGUUUUAUUAACAAUUUCCGAGUAACAAAUACUACGUUUUUUGGCGGUAUAUUUACAAUAGAGAACUUUAGAAGACUGUAAAUCUGUAAAAAGAUGUUUGUGAUAGUUUUGUUGAAGCGGAUUAGUGAAACAAGGUUUCGGACUAUUAACAAAAGACUUGCCAGUAUAAGCCGCGCCAAUAAAGAAACGAAUCUAAAAUGGCGGCGGCGAUCAUGCGCUCUCACUCUAAACUAUUGCUGUCUUUAGUCGCACACGGCGCGUACUACAUGCAAAAAAAAUAUCAGUUCUAACUUUGUUCUCGCACUGUCUCGACAUUACCUAAUAAACAAAUUUUUCUUUCUAUCUUUCUAUUUCUUGACCCUACCAUCUGUCAGUACAGGUACAAAGACGCCAUUUCCCACACUCGUACUCGCUUAUUGACACAGAAAUUAUGUAUAAAAAAAUUGCAUUCAAGUCUGAAAUGACUGUUUACAAUCCAAAAUGAAAGAUGCUCAAUAUAGGAGACGAGAGAGUCGAGAACACAAUGGAGAUAGAGUUAGAACUCAUAUAAUCACUUUAAUAAUACAGCUACCCUAGCAUGAGCAUCGCGAUAUGAUAUAUUUACUCUUUUUAACACUCUCAAGUGUCAAAUUACUAUGGAGUUUGGCAGUACGACGCGAUAAAAACGUGAUAUACUAUAAUUUUUAUUAUUUUAAAGCAUGUAACUGCUUGAUGUUUAAAUCUAAAGAAAAUAUAACUAGAAAAAAUCCACGCCGACCAGGCAGCAGACGGGACUCGAACCCGCACCCUUCGCAAUCCGGGCGAAUGCACUGACCAAUUAUGCUACCGCGGCCCUCACUGAUCGCGUCGAAAUUCUUCUAGCCAUUCUUAAGCUGCAUCUCUUCGCAUUAUUAAGAUGGCGCUGCCUUGCAGCAUAUUUCGUAUAUUACAUCUAAAGAUGUAAUAUACGAAUUUAACAUCUAAAGAUGUAAUAUACGAAUUUACUUUAGUAAAUCUGAAGCGUACGGUAAUUCCUCUCGGAUCAGUACGAUGUAAAUCUGUUUGCUUGGAGUUUUUUGACCGACGAGAAAGAUUAAUCUGGAUAACUGUCAUGUUGUGAGGUUAGUUUCUGUUUGAGGUUAGAAAUUAAUUUGCGGUUGGUAAAACCGUUCGGUAAUAGCAAAUGGCUCAGAUUAAUCUGUGAUCACGUGACCAAAAGUCCGUCGCCUCUGCGAUGCAAUUACCGAACGCAUGUGAUGCUCAUGCUACGGGGAAUCGAUUUGGCAUGUUUUUUAAUACAAAUCUAAGCGCACCACAAGUCAAUUAAAGUAAGGCCCACUAACAGCAUAUCAGCGAAAUCAACAUUAAACUAAAACUAGAUUUAACCCAUAUAAAUUUCCAAACGUCAUUGGUGUCGAUUCUGGCAUGAUUUUCUAAACUUAAAAUUAAAUUUGACAACAGUGUAUUCUUGUCAUGCUCUAUACAUAAUGCUUUUCAUUCUGUAGAGCAUAAGUUCUGUAUAGAAGAAAAAGAAAAAAAGAGUGAUGUUUAAUUUAUAGAAUAGUGCCAGAAUCGACACCAAUGUCAAUUUCACAUUAUGGUGUGGGCUAAAUCUUGUUUUAUUCUUUAUUGACUUUCGCGAAUUUUGGGUGAUUGGUGCAUUCAUUUUCCAUUUGGACGAAGCCUUUAUAGAAAAACUGUGCUUGUUGAAUGGAUAUUUAUGACAUUGAUAAUAAAUUGGAUAUGACAUUGAUUGGAGUGGCAGUCAUAAGGAACAGUUAAUGUAAUAUUGAAAUAAGGUUUCAGUAAAUGUCUGUUUCACAGCCAUUUAAAUAAUAAUAAUAAUAAUGACGAUUUGUCGAAAACUGGCACUGAAAAUAAUACGACCGCUCUAGGUGCGAAAUAAACCUAACAUCUUCAGACUUUCGGGCUACUAAACAAUUUAAAAUUAUUGUGGAAACUUGCUAAUAGAAUUGACUACAGGAAUGUCACGAUUAGCUCAAAAAUAAUAUUGAUUUUUAAAUCCAAUAAAACACUGAAUUGGUAUGAAGGGCGAUGUAGGCCACGUUCAAAUAAUGUAUUUGAAAAGAAUAUAGGAAAUGGUCAAUAAACAGAUCCAUAGAUAAUCAAAUCUUUUUAAAAUAAAUUAUCUGACAGUGCUUGAACAUUUUAUAAGGUACUUAGCUAAUAAAACACAUUAUAAAAGUUCAGUCUUGCGACCACGGAGCCUGUGAAGUAUCUGAAACAUCAGAAAUUAGGAAGAGUUAAUCAAUCGCGCUUUAAAUGUGUUCAACAAUUGUUUUAUUAAAUGAUUGGUGUGCGUGAAAACAAACAAAAUUUGAAAAUUAUUUCUAAAGCGACAGAGAAGGUUAUGAAUACAUUAUAUAUCAUUAUUGACACAGCUUUGCCCUGAAUUAUUAUUAGUUUUAAUUCUCCUCGUCAAUAAACGAAAAAAAAUAUCAUUAAGGCCAAUAAUGAGUGCAAAUUUUUAAUUCUCUCGAGUUCAAGUGACCAGAUUAGACUAUGGUGGCAACAUAAAAAAACGAGUGUGAUUAUGACCACAAGACUGGAGUGAAACUUCUUUAGCUCUAUCUAUAUAUAUAUAUAUAUAUAUACAGGGUGUAAAAAAACUUAUGACAAAGACUAAAACUACGCAAUCUGUACACCCAAACAAGUAAUAUUAUACGUGGGAAUCAUUUGUAUUUUUAGGUAUUUUUUUUUUCCAUUACGCAAUGUAUAGCGCGGCGCGCUACUGUGGCGCUACGCAAACAAUGUGCCUGUGUGUAUGUGUGUGCGUGUUUGUAAAUGCGUCAAUGAAAAAGUUUUUAACGUUUUAAAAAUAUUAAUGUAUAAAACUUGAAAAAAAUGUGACUUUGACCUUCAAUAUCUCCAUAACCAUAAAUUUUCUUGGUAUGGCCAAGAAGAAAAAAAUUAUCAUCAUGAUGGGGAAAAUAUGUGGCCUACGACUUUGUUAAAGGUUUUUUACACCCUGUAUGUGUGUGUGUGUGUUAGUGUACAAUAUGUACAUGUAUGUACAUAUACAUAUAUCAUUUACAAGCUAUAAGAGAAAAAGAGAAUGAAACCGUGCGCGUCGUAUUGCUUUCUCUUGCUUAUAUCCCUCACUCAACUCCCGUUCGCCUUGCCCGAUCACACUUUUCGUAACGCGUAACGCAUUCGCCAGCUUACCCCCCAAGUCAAGAGUGCGUAAAGAAGUUUCACUUCAAAAACUUCGCCAUAACAUAAUUUAAACCAAGAAAAUUAACAAGUUUAAAUAAUAUGAGGCGAAGAAUAGGGGUGAUGACGGGGUACAGUAAACGAAAUUCCAUUUAGUCCGUCAGUCAGUCAAAAAAUAAUGGGCACGUAUUUUUCUUUGGGCAAUCAACCAAAAAAUGACAAAGUUAUAGCGCGUUAAAGUUUGAGAGUAGGGGCUCGUGACGUCACUUUUGAGUAAAUUUUCACUUAUAAGUGUACUCAAAGUUGACGUCAUGCGACUUUUCAAAUCAAUAUAUCUCUGCAAUUUUAUCAAUAUAUUUUUUAUUUAGAUUUAAACAUCUAGCAGUUAAAUGCUUAAAAAUAAAUAAAAACAUAUCUCUGCAAUGUUUAUAUUAUGUGAAAAAAGAAAAAAUACGUGUCCAAUAAUUUUUGAUAAUCUACCUGAUAAACGAAGAAAAAAUAGUCAUCAUCCCUAUUGAAAUGCCAUAUCUCACUCCUAAUUAAAUCCUUUAACCGAUAGGAUCAGAUCUCCACAUUAGCAAGCAGAAUCUUGAUGAUGUUCUGACUAUUAUCUGCUUAAUUGUUCUAUAUUUAUUGUCAUGUAGCUACGAGCUGACGUCACCGUUCUGUUCGCUGCAGUCUUCGCUUCUCUCUGUGUCGUCCUCUUUUUGCUGCUCUUCUUCUUUCUGCUUCUGUUUUCUGACCAUAUCCGAUAAGUAUUUACACCGCUGCAUGCACUCCUCCUGGAAAUUGCACAAAUACAUCAUAGGUUAUAUUGUUUACGUAUAAACAACUAUACAGAUUGUCUACCUUCGCGGGUGAGUUUUAAAGUUCAAUAUUCAUUGGAAAAGUCCGCAAUUUUGGUAUAGAAGUGCAGAAUUGAUAUAGUUGAAUUCGAUCUAUUUUAUACGUCAAAUUUUUACUGAAAUUUAGUUCUUGUUACGUCCGUUUUGGCGCUGCUGUUCAAGUUUCCAUACAAAAUUUGUCAAUGACAUUUCGCACUCGCAGACUAUCCGAAUUCGAUAUUGGUUUGUGCUAAGGAAGCUGUUUCAGUGUAUAUGUGGCAGCAAGCUUCUACAAAACCGCAAACAAAUAAACUUGCACAGUAGAAGUUUUUACUGCGCAGGCUUCCUAGUCUAUGGUCGUUGCUCAAGAAUUUUUCCAGCAUGUAUACAAGAUAAUCAGAUUGCGCAGCAUCAAAUAGUACUAGUAUAGUUUUAUGUAUGGCGACCUCCGUGAUCGAGUGGGUUCUACGACGGGUUUCGUGGUGUCGCCGACUCAACAGGUCCCGGGUUCGAAUCCCGGUGGGGGCAGACGUUUGUGUGAUGAAUACGAGCAUUUGUACUCCAGUCAUGGAUGUUUUAUAUGUAUUUCUAUAUAAAUAUCCUUAUAUAUGUACUGUAUAUAUGUAUUCUAUCCGUUACCCUAGUAUCCCAUAACACAAGCCUGUGACAGUGCUUACUUAGGGGCUAGGGCCUAGACUAAUUGGUGUGAUUGUUGGAAAUAUUUAUUGUUUAUUUAUUUAUAAUCGGUGGUACUAGUGGGAUUAAAGACUUUAGCAUCAGAUGCUAUCCCACCCGAGACGUUUGGUUUCCGAGCGCCUACUCUAAUUUGACUCCAAACUCAAACUCAAAAAUCAUUUAUUCAGUCUAGGCUGUUACAAGCACUUGUGAAGGUGAAGAAGCUACGCCAUCGAUUCGCAAAACUACGACGGGAUACUUUGAACUGAGAAGAACCGGCAAGAAACUCGGCAAGGACUGUUUUACUUUCUCUCUUUAUUAUUAUAUACAGAGUCGUCAAAUGUCGAAAUGACUACCAGAGAACCCAACGACAUUGUCGAAUUCUUCAAAUACUAAUUUAUUGAUGUGUAACAUCUUUCCUCUCGCUUUCCUUCAAUUUGUGGAAGCGAUUUCGAGAAAUGGGACGGAAGUGAGUAACAGGAAGUCGCGAAAGAAAUUUGAUUUGAUUUUAGAACAUAAUGUUCAAAUGGCUUAUUCCUUUUGUAGUAGGUUUUAUUUCUUUUUUUACUAAUAUAAGGUGAGGUUUCAAAUGUUACAUAUCAUACGCGACUACUGUAAGGCUCGCUCGUAUUUUUUUUUAUAUAGCCAGGUAGCCAAAUGACUCUACCCCACCUGAUAUAGUGGUGAUAAAGUCCAAACGCGAAAAUAGCUAGAACAGCAGUUAUAACCUGCUACACCAACCAUCCUCACCUUGUCGGCCUGCAAAAAUGCUUCUUCAUGCCUCUCUUAAAGAACCCCAGAUUGUAGGAAGGAGGGAACACGUGCGCGGGCAAAGAAUUGCACUUACGAAUAGUACGACAAAGAAAUUAGUCACAAAAUUUAUUUGUUCUUCUAGGAAUAGUGGCUUCAGUAAGACGGUAUUAUAUUCGGUAGUAUUUUCACUUUCGUUACAAGCCAGCGAUAAGUAGUUACUACACAGUUGCGGCGACUCAACAAUCCAACCAACCGUGACAUUGCCCUUUAGUCACGGUUUCACUGUUACAACAAAAUCGAGCGACAGAUUAUCAAAAUCUCUUUGAUUGUAUGUACAACAUAGAACUAUUAUUAAUAUAUACCUUAUACAGAAAUACAAUAAAUUAGGUCUAAACAUUUCAUCAUCUUCAUCAUCAUCAGCCUAUUAAUGUCCCCACUGCUGGGGCACAGGCCUUCCCUAUGGAUGGAAUAGGGAGAUUGGGCCAUGACCCACCACGCGGGCCCAGUGCGGAUUGGUGGGUGCUAACGACUGCAGAUGCAGCCGGGACCAACGGCUUAACGUGCCUUCCGAAGCACGGAGGAGCUCGAGAUAGUAAUUUUUGGUCACCCAUCCAAUGACCGACCACUGCGAAAGUUGCAUAGCUUCAUCGAUCGCAGCCGUACGCGCUAACCACUUGCGCACACCGACGCUGGUUUUACGUGGUUACCUUGAAAAGUAGGGACGAGAGUACGAAUAGCCACUUAGAUAGAAAAUUUAAUUAAAUGAAUGAUUAAAUGAUUUAUGCUUAAAAUAUUCGGUACUAGGAAGUUGCUGACUAUAAAACCUACUACAUACACAUUAUAUGUAAUUGUUACACAAGAAUGUAAAUUAGCACGCACAAUUAGGCACUUUGCUCAAGUUUUAUUUAACACACACUGUUAAACUUGCUAAUAAAUAAUUAUAACGUGUUUUAAAUAAUCAGAAAUCAAUAUAUCUUUAUUCAAAUUGGAUGUAUAGUAAAACUCUUUUUUUCCCCCUACCACUGUUUAUAGGACAUAUUUUUUGGCUGCGGAGAAAAACAAGCGAAAAACUCUCCACAACAUUAAAAGCACAAUAAAAUAAAUAUUAAUAUUUCCAACACUCACACGAAUUAGCGUAGCCCUAAAGUAAGCACUGUACGCUUGUGUUAUGGGAUACUAGGGUAACGGCUAGAAUACAUAUACUGAAACAUGUAUAUAUCUAUAGAAAUACAUAUUAAACAUCCAUGACUGGAGUACGAAUGCUGGUAUUCAUUACACUUACAUCUGCCCUCACCGGGAUUCGUACCCGGGACCUCUCGAGUAGGCGACACCUUGAAACCCGGCGUACCAGUCGGCCUAGGAGGUCGUCGAAUAUUUAGGAUGUGUAUAGAUCACGACAUCCGUUCCGGCAGGCGAGGAAGCACUGUUGGGUUUUUAGUGGGUAGGGGCCCCUCAUCCUGAGCAGCCGCUGAGCCAAUCCCAUGGGCUGGCUGAGAUUUUGGGGAUUUGGGGGGAGGAGGAGCCCUACAUAGCCCCGUCUCUCACCCAAGCGCGGGCUAUGCGUCACGCAUUUUCCCAAGACAAAGAAAAAGGGAUGUGUAUAGAUAUGAAUAUUGCUUGUAACCUUUUCCUGUUUUUUUUCUAUGAUUUCUGGGAUAAAAGCCUAUGUCAUUUGCCGGAACUGAUACUAUCCUUUUGUACCAAAUUUCAACAUACAAUCUUUCGAAUUGAUAUACUAGCUUUUUCCCCCGACUUCGUACGCGUGGAAUGAGUGACUUGAGUAUAUUUUAUCCAAUUUGAUUUUUUAUCAAUCAUUUUACGGUUUUGAUUUGAGUUUAAAUAACUCAGAGAAGAAGGUUUUUCACACAAACUUUCAUCCCCUUUUUAACCUUAUAGGUAGAUUUUCUAAAAACUUUCUUUACUUCUAAUCUUUAGUAAAAAUACCAAGUUCCGAGUUAAUCGAAAUGCACGUUAAAAUUCAUCCAUAUAAAAACUUCGACACCGACACCAAACUUUUAGCGGGUUAAUUAGGAAAAAAUCAAAAUGACAUUAAAUUUAUUUAGAUAAUAUCCAUGCCAAGUUUCAAGUCUAUUCACUCAAGGAAUUUAUUCUUCACGUAUUUUUUUAACUUAUUGGGUAUGAAUUUUGAAAAAAUCAUGCUAUUUUGGCCAUGCGUUGAUAUGACAGUCAGUUUCUUGUUUUAUACAGGGUGUCCCACGAUCAUGCCAUACGGAGGGAAAGUAUAUUAAAUAUUGAAGAUAGGUUAUUUUAAUGGAAGAAGACAUCAUUUUAUUUUUAAUAAUAAUAAAACCUGCAUUCACACGUUUUUUUAAAAUCGCCUCCUACAAUCAAUAUUUUUAAUCUUCCCCGGCACGGCGCGGCGCGGCGAUGAAGGAUCAGCAGUCAAAGGCGACGAUCUUGUCUCCACUACUACAUACUAUCCCCGUUGGGACCCAACUGUCUCAGUAUACAUACCUUGGUCUUCCCCGUGACAGCGGCGGCGAUGGAGGCCCAGCGGUCGUAGGCGACGCCCUUGGGAUGCUUGAGGAGCGCCGCUUCCAGUGCUCGCUGUUGAGACUGCGACCAGUUGCCGCCGCUAUUAGCCCCGCUAACCUCUUCGGCCUUACGCGUCUUCACCUAAUACAACGAUUAAUUCAAAUUGAAUCGUCCCAUAUCUCUAUCUCCCACAUCUACGCCAAGCCUACACAGCUUCAAAGUGGCUUUGGUACUAAAUGCGCUACAAUAGGGUAUUUGACAGAUUUGUGUUUAGAAUGAAUAUUGGCAGGGGUUUUACUAAAAACCCACGAAAAAGAUAAUAGUUUUCUUAUCUAUUGUCACGUGACCCAAAACGCUUGGGAUUGGCGGAGCCUAAAAUGACGUCACACACUAGUAAGACGCCAUAUUGUCCAGAGAAACGUUUUCGCGGCAACUUGAAAAUGGAGUUUUUGAUUUAGUUAUUUUUACUGAAAUACACAACAGAAUGAUGAAUAUCUUUUUACGGACUCUAUAAACAUUAGUCAAUAACAUGAGAUCGUUUUAUAAAACUUGUCAAAUACCCUAUUAGCGUUGUCGUAGUAAAUUAGGGGAAUGCGUGUCUGUAGACUCUAGACGAUAGCUUGACUGGCCUUAAUUUGACACGCUAACCCCCUUAUUAAUAAACAAGGAAUAAGGUUAGACUAGUUAAGCCGUGUUUUGGUCAUAUCAUUCAAAUGGCAUCAUUUGACAUUCAAUGAACAGAGACAAAAUAUGGAGUAACUAAUCCAAGUUUAUUCUUUGUUUAUUAAUAAGGGGGUAAAAGAGGUUGUAAAAAGCGAUAAUAGCCUGCGCACACGAGGGACUUUUUUCUAUGAUUAUCUAUGAUUCUAUGACUAUGAUUUCAGUGAUUAAAUCAACUUCAAGUAUGUUGUUCCUAUGUUUUGUAUUGUUUUCCAGAUCGAGAUUUAUUCCAUAUUAUAGUGAAAGAAUAAUAAACAAUCUCAACAAUAUGAAAUAAAUAUACAAUCCGAUAUUAAAGGGAUGGACCCAGUAUUAAAUGGAUUAGGGAAAUUAGGCCAGAACCGAAUGCCCCUUGAUGGGUGUUGGGUGAAUACAGAUGCAGCCGGGACCAACGGCCUAACUUGCUUUUCGAUGCACAGAGAAGCAGGAAACAAUGAAUUUUGGCAACCCAUCAUAUGACUGGCCGAUGUGAAAGUUGCUUAAUUUCGAUCGCAAACCGAACGCGGUUACCACUGCGAAUAUAGUUUCUUCUUCAAGGUGCUAGUUGAAGUCUCUUAACAGAAAGGGUUAAGAUAUAUUACUAAAUAAUGGGCUAGGUAGACAUGCAAAUCUUUUCUUCUUUUGUAAAAGAAUGGCAAAUAAGCUUAUGGCCCACUUUGGUAAGCGGUCUCCAUAGACUAUAGAUAGAGUAUAGACGCUUCCGAUACAAACAAUAUCAAUCCCGCCCCGGAACCUUUGUCACCAGAAAAAAAAUUCAUCAUCAUCAUCAGCCUAUUAAUGUCCCCACUGCUGGGGCACAGGACUUCCCUGUGGAUGGAAAAGGAUGAUUGGGCCAUGACCCACCACGUGGGCCCAGUGCGGAUUGACCGGUGCUAACGACUGCAGAUGCAACCGGAACCAACGGCUUAACGUACCUACCGAAGCACAGAGGAACUCGAGAUAGAAGAUUUAUGGCCACCCAUCCAAUGACCGACCACUGCGAAAGUUGCUUAACUUCAACGAUCGCAGCCGAACGCGCGCCAUCGAGCUUGUCUAAAACACAACACCACUAAAAGGUUAUUUUAAUGUGGCCUUCUAUAAGACGGAGGAUCUCUAAUUCUUUUCUUACCUUCAUCUCUUAAUUCUUUUCUUUCAUUUCUUACCUUCUUCGGUGGCUCCACGACUUGGGGUUCCUCCUCUUGACCCGGUAUUUUAUAGCAAUUAUCUUUCAGCUUGUGUGCCAUAUGCGUGACUUCUGGCACGCUGCGACACAUCGUCUCGGCUAUCCUCUCCCAACGUUCACUGGUUCCUCCUGGGUACUUCUUCACCAGUCUCACUAGCUCGGCCAAGUCAUCGUCUGUCCAUAAGCCUCCUGAUAUGACUGGGGGUGC